AUGGUGCCGCUCCGAAGCGCGAUGUUGGGGCGAUCCAUGCGCCGCGUCAGGCGGCCGCCGCUCUGUCAGAGGCCCAUCACGACGAACUUCCCCGGCGGCGGCUUCAAGAAGAUGGUCGACAAGGUCCCGCUCGUCUGGUCGGCGUCGGCGGUCUACGCCGGCGUGGGCCUCGCGGCGUCGAGCUACUAUUUGGUGACGCUCGACGCGUCGGAGGCGUGCUACAAGUGCCGGACGGACGCCUGGGGCGCGGCGCGCCAGCUCGAGGGUCUGGACGAGCUGCUGGGCUGGCUCGAGUGGUCCGCGAUGGGCGUCGGCGCCGACGUCGCGCCGAAACUCGUCGCGGCGUUCGGCGCGGAGCGGUGCGCGGUGGCGGGCCUGGCGUCGGCCGUCGAGGACGUACGGUCGGCGUCGGCCGGCGCGCUGGCGGCGCUGACGCACGACGACGAGCUCGCGCGGCGCGUCGCGGCGUCGACGUGCGCCGUCGCGACGCUCGUCGACGAGCUCGAGCGCGUCGCGGACCCGCCCGCGAGCCCGUCGCGCGCGGCGACGCCCGAGGCGCUGGACGCCGCGGAGCACUGGGCGGACCUCUACGCGCGGCGCGUCGCCGUGCUCGUGUCCCUGGGGAAUUUGACGCGCGACGCGGCCGGCGUGCUCGCGUCUGACGAUGAUUUAGCACCACGGCUCGCGGACGCGCUCUUCGUGCUGCUGGAGUCGCUCCGGGACGCGCGCGAGGCCACGGACGCCGCGGCGGCGGCGCCGGCGCGUGUGCGGGGGGCGCCCAGGGGCCGCGACGCGCCGCCGCCGUCGCGGCUCGGCUCCUGGGCGGCGGACCUCCACGAGUCCGUGCUCCGCGACAUGAUCGCCGAGCUCGAGGCGUCGGCGCUCCUCGUCGCGCACCACGUCGCCGACGCGCCGAAAGGCGCGGCGGCGCUCCGGGGCCGGCCCGGCGCGCUCCCGCUGCUCGCGGAUUUGGCGUGGGCCGAGGACGCGGACGUCGCGCUCCACGCGAACUUCGCCUUGUACCGCGCGCUCGGCGGCGAUUCCGCGGAGGCCGCGGCGCUCGACGCGCCGCCGCCGGAGCUGGGCGUCGCCGCGGGGCUCGACGCGCGCCGCGCGCUCGCGCUGUCGCGCGCGCUCGACGCGUUCGCGCCCGCGCCGCUGGCCUUCGCGGCGGGCUGGGGCGCGCUGCGCCGCGCCUGGGUCCACUCGACGUCCCAGGAGGCCUUCCUCAAGGCCGCGGGCUUCUCGCUCCCGCGCGCGGCCGCGUCCGCGGCCGCCGCGACGGCCGCGGCGUCCGCGGCGCUCACGGCGCUCUACGGCGCGCGCGGCUUCCGCUACGAGGCGCGCCGGUCCUUCUUCGCCGAGGGCGACGCGGCCCAGAUCGCCCUGAGCGCGACGGUCGUGUCCGCGGACCUGGCCGUGCUCUUCGUCGCGCUCCGCGUCGCGCCCUUCUGCGUCUUCCCGUUCCUCGUCGCCAACUCUACUUUUUGCUCAAUGGCGCCCAUGGCCGUCGUCGGCGCGCAGGGCGCGAAGUACGUCGAGAGCGACGAGAUGCUCCUGCGCGUGUGCUCAGGCAAAUCGCUCAGCCUGGCCAAGGUCGUCGAGGCCGCCGCCUGCGACGCGGCCAGCGGGACCUACACCGACGACCAGGGGCGUCUCGCGCUGCACCACGCCUGCGCGCACGACCAGGUCACGGUGGAGAUCCUCGCGGCGACGCCCGGGGACCGCUUCGCGAAAGAUAUCUCCGGCGACGCGCCGGUCGACCUGCUCUGCCGGAACCCGGCCGCGACCGCCGCCGCGCACGCGUCGUGCCUCGCGGGCCGCGACGACCGCGUGGCGGCCGACUACGGGUCCCUCCUGCACUACUGGGCGCUCUGCGCCUGCGCGACGCCGCACCUGCUCGCCGCGGCGGCCGCGCGGUCGCCGGCGGACCGCGACGCGCGAGGCCUCACGCCGCUCCACUGCCUCUGCUCGAACCGGUGCGUGAGCGCGCCGCUCCUCGCGGGCCUCUUCGCUUUAGAAGACGCGGCGGCCUGGGCCCUCGCGGGCGACGCCGAGGGCUGGACGCUGUGCCGGAAACAACCAGUGGAAUGGCCCUGCUGGACGCCGCUCCACUACCUCUGCGCGAACGCCGGCGCGCCGCCGGCCGCGGUCGCGGCGCUCGCCGCCUUCGCGCCCGCCGCGGCCCUCGCGACGGACGACGAGGAGGGCAUGGCGCCCGCGCACGCGCUCGCGCUCAGCGACGCGCUCUGUGGAGUCGACCACGUCGACGCGCUGGUCGGAGCCGCGGGCGACGGCGCGCUGCGCGUCGCCGACGGCGCGGGCCGGCGCCCGGCCUACUACGCGGCGAAGCGCGGCCCCGGGGCCGCCGCCGCCUUCGACGCCGACGGCGCCGACGGCCGGCGGCGGCGGCGCGAGCUCCGCGACGACGGGUUCACCGUCGUCCGCGUCGGCGAGCGCGCCGCGGCGGAGCUCGCGCGCGAGACGUCCGCGGUCCUCGACCACUGCCUCGCGGCGCCGGACCUCGACGUCUUUGGCACGAUCCGCACGCCGGACAACCGCUACGACGUCAAGGCCGCGCUCACGCCCAAGCUCCGGGCCGUCCUCGCGGACCUCGCGGCCGAUCUGCCGUGGCUCGCCGCCGCGCCCGUCACGCAGCUCUCGGCGGUGCACAGCGACCCGGGCGCGCCGCUCCAGACGCCGCAUUCGGACACGUGCUUCAUCCGCGACGACGCGCCGCGGCUCUACACGGCCCUCGUCGCGCUCACGCCCGUCUCUCAAGAGCGCGGGCCUGUGCACGGGCCGACGGCGGUCUGGCCCGGCACGCACGGCGCGGACUUCCACGCGCUCUCCGACGCGGACCGCCUCGCGCGCCUCCGCGACGGCCGGCAGCUGGCCAUCUGCCCGCUCAAGCCGGGCGAGGGCAUCCUCUUCGACGCGCGCCUCUUCCACCGCGGCGGGCGCAACGCGACCGCGGCGGACCGCCGGUCGCUCCUCUCCGUGUCGCUCCAGGCCGGCGGCGGCGACGCGGCGUCGCCGGCGGCCCACGCGGGCACGACGGACUCCAUCUUCGCCGCCUACCGCGACAAGUACCGCCUCGGCGACUUCGCCGCGGCCGAGGCGUAA